AUGCCUGGUGCAGCUAAUAACUUCCACUCGAGUUUGGACGCUUUACCACCACAUCCUCCAACUCGUUCCAGCAGUUUACGAACUCGAUCAUCACGAUCUUCGACUACGAAUCGUAUCUUGCAUCAUACAUUAUCUAGUCGAUCUCCAUCAUCAUCAAGAGUUGUACGUCGGAGACGAGAAUCAUCUAUACAACAAAUCGAUCGAUUAAAAAAAUCUACCACUUCCAUCAUCAACACCGAUUUACAUUCAUCAACUGUUCUUUCGUCAACAAAUAGCUGCGAUUCUGAUGACAAUAUACACGAUGAUGAAUUUGAUGUAAAAUCAGAUACUGUAAGUGUUAUUGAACGAACUGCUCAAAAUCAAUUGAUCAAGAAAAAUAUCAAUUCAACAAAACAUCCAAUUAAUGUUGAUAAAACUCCAUCACAAAAAACAACAACUACAUCAGGAAAAAGACUGUCAUAUGAAGUGUAUCAACUGUUUGAAAAACAAGUUGAUGGAAGAUACCGAUGUACGUUGUGUACAAGUCAACGAAAGAUGAUCAAACAGAAUGGUCGUGGUACAGCUAAUUUACGAUCGCAUCUUCUGCUUCAUAAUUUAAAAAAUGUUGCUUAUGAAUCUCAAGUAGAACAGCGAGUUUUGAAAAUGAAUAAAACCUCCGAUAAUCAAAUUUCUUUUAUGCGUAAACAUGCAAUUGAUGAAGCUAUAUUGAAAUGCAUCAUCGAAGGCAGUCUGCCCUUUAGUCUAUUUAAUCAUGAUGCAGUAAUUGAACUUUUUAAUUUACUUGAACCUGGUUACAAGCCGCCGGAUCGUCGUACACUUUCAUUACGUGUACAUGAUCAAUACUAUCAACAUAUUCUCGACCUUAAAUCUAUUUUACCUUAUAUCGGACCAAUCGCCUUCACCAGUGAUUUAUGGAAAGAUGUUUCUCGUCAGCAUAUUAUUUCACUCUCUCUUCACACGUUCUCAAUCGACUUUGACUUUAUUUCAUUACCAAUAUCGUUUCAUCAAUUUAAUGAACGAAAAUUGGCUGUUAAUAUACAAUCAUUUUUCGAGCAUGAAAAAGUACGUUUUGGACUUGGUACACAUAUUUUAUCAGGUAUUAGUACGGACAAUGGACCAGAUAUUAAAUGUGGAGCAUCUUUAAAUGUACUUGGUCCUCGAUAUGCAUGUCUUGCUCAUUGUUUAAAUCUUGUUGUUCAUCAUGCUACAUGUGUAUGGGAUCUACCAAAUCCGAAAAGAUUUCCAUUUGAUUCAAUGUACGAACAAGUAAACACAUCUCUCGUCGACGAUGAAGACGACGAGAUAACAGCUGAAAUUACAUCUUAUUCAUGGUCGACGUCCAUUGUUAAUGGAGAAGGUUUACUCGAUAGUAAUGGCCAACAAACAUUCGAUUAUUUUGUAUUUGACGAAGUGGAACCCGAUGUUUCAACUGAACAACCAUCAUCAAAUGAAGAUGUUUUUAAUUUACUUGUUCGUAUUAAUCGUCUUGUACGAAAAGUACGUGCUUUUGUAUCGAUGACUCGUUUGGUUGCUCCACUUCAACAUUAUAUAUAUGAACAAAUUGGUCCAAAUAAAGGAGGUUUUAUACUUGAUGUAAAAAUACGUUGGAAUAGCACGUUCAAAAUGAUACAUCGCCUAAUUAAACUUCGGGAUUUGGUUAAUGCAAUGUUUGCUAAACGUGACUUUAAAGGUUUAACUUCUAUUCAAGAAAAAAAGUUUCGUUCAUUAGUAUUCACCUAUGAUGAUUGGGAAUUAAUAGAUGCAUUUCAUGAUUGUCUUGAUAUUUUUGACAAGGCUACAACGAUACUGUCGGGUGAUUAUCCAACACAAUCAAUGUCUUAUUUUGUUCUUCAAACAUUAAAAGAAAAUGUUCAACAAACAUUAAAUCCAACUUAUUAUCAUAUGAUUAUUAAUAAAAGUUUGAAUUUUCAAUCGGAAUAUUAUCUUGAUGACUUUUUACCAAGUGCUCAAAAACUUGGAAUGAAAGUGGCAGCAUUUCUCGAUCCGCUUUUUCAUGGCGAUUUAAUUUUAAAUAAAAAUGAUUAUGAAUCAGCAAAGCGUGUGAUUACAAACAAUAUGCAACAAAUGGACACAACAACACCUGAUAUUUCAACAAUGUUACCAUCUACUACAUUACAAGCUUUAUCAUCAGCAACGAAUUCCGACCGUAUGAUGUCUCUUAAAUGCAGUCUUAUGAAUGUUGCCAACAAAAAAGCUUCUCCACCUUUGUCAUUUCAACCUGUAAAUGUUGAUCUCGAAAUGGCGACCUUUCUUACUUUAAUCCGAGAUAAUGAAUCGAUAAAUUUUCAAACAUUUUGGAAAAACAAUGCCCAUGCACUACCACGAUUAAGUCAACUUGCACGUCGAUACAACGUGAUUCCAGCAACAUCGGUUUAUUUAGAACAAGCAUUCAGUGUUGCCGGUGUAAUUAAGAAUUUACGACGAGCAUCCAUGUCAUCAUUAUCAUUACGAAGCCUAAUGAUCUUAAAGAAGAAAAAAAAUAUCGAAAAACUUCGAGCAUUUGUUCAUCAACAAUAA